UGUUUAUUUGCUAAGCUCCCAGGGAAAAAAGAGUUCAUUGAAGAUCCGGAGCCAGAAACAAGGCGUCUCUCUAUCUCUCCGUAAUCCGAAGAGACCGUCUUGUCCCUCUUCACAGUCCCUAAAACCCUAGAAAGCUACCUCCAUCGAUAAUACACAGGCUCUGUUUCCCGGAAGAAACCCUAAUUUUUGUUUUCAAUGCUCCUUACGGCUCUACAUCCUUAAUAUCCAUUUUUUUUUGAAUCCUCGUUUGUUUAUUUUACGCUCGUAUUGGGGGAUUUUAUUAAAAAUGGAUAUCGAGCAAAGGCAAGCUGAGUUAAUCGAUCACUUUGUGAAGAAAGCCUUGGUUAACAAGGGCUCCGCUCUCGCGCCUGUGAUUGUGGAAGCCACCUCUCACCCUUCCCUCUUCGCCUUCUCGGAGAUUCUCUCCGUGCCUACAGUUAUCGAGCUUGAAGGAACUGAAAGUUCUGUAUUACUGGAUGUGCUGCGUUUGUUUGCACAUGGCACAUGGAGUGAUUAUAAGAAAGUUCGUUUGCUGCCCUCUGUCAACGAUGCUCUUCCCUCCCGUGCAGCCCUAUGUAAACAUUAUAAUAUUAGCCGUCUUCCACCAUUAGUUCCUGAUCAAAUUCUCAAGCUGAAGCAACUUACUGUGCUCACACUGGCAGAAACAAACAAGGUACUGCCUUAUGAUCAACUCAUGCAGGAGAUAGAUGUUAGAAAUGUGCGUGAACUUGAAGAUUUUCUCAUCAAUGAGUGCAUGUACGCGGGCGUAGUUAGAGCAAAGCUGAAUCAGUUGCGAAGGUGCUUUGAGAUCCAAUUUGCUGCUGGGAGGGAUUUGAGGCCUGGACAACUUGGAAGUAUGAUAGAAACUCUAUCGAAUUGGUUGACUACAUCUGAUAAUCUACUUGUCUCAAUUAAAGAGAAGAUAAAGUGGGCUGACAAUAGGAGCGAGUUAGACAAGAAGCACCGGAAGGAUAUAGAAGACAGGGUGGAAGAUGUGAAGAAAUCCCUUGCCAUCAAGUUAGCAAGUCAAGGGAAUGGGUUAAGGAUUGAGUUAUAUUCAAUUACGGGGAUAUGUUGGUCGAUGUGUCUUACUUACGUUGUGGCAGAAGUUACAAACUGUGAGCAGGCCGACAUGGACUUCCGAGGGCAUGAUGAGAACUUCUCAGAACCUGGUGGGGUGAUGGACUAUGAGGAAGACAGGAGCCGACCUAAGAGGAGGCGACAUCCAUUUUUGUAAAUAUAGAGAUGUGGAACUCAUUCGAUUGGAGUUAGACGUGCAGCCAGAUUUUUGUUCAUGGCAUUCCAAUGCUGAUUUAUGCUUUCAGGAAUGGUGAUGGGAGAAGAUGGUGAAUUUGUCAUUGUCACAUCCUGAGUAUAUUUAGGGAGUGUUAUGCUUAUCUUGAACAAGUGUUAUUCCUCGAGUUGGCAAGAAUAGUUGGUGCGGGUAAAAGUUUUUAUUGUUAGAUACUUGAUAUUGUAGUAGUCGAUGUUAUUUUCAUAAUGUUCUUAGAAAUCAUUAUUUUGUGACAAAAUUGGUUAUGAUAUAUUAUACUACAUCCUGCAUCAAAUGAACUUGUGUUUUGUUUUUUGAAA